AAUGAGAAAAAAUCUCCCGCCGGUAUAAAGUGGAAUGAAGAUAAUAUUACGGAAACGUAUCAUCCGGCCAACAAAACGUAUGGAUUGCAAAAAAUUAACGAUCCGGAUACACCGUACCCAAGAGGUGUGCCAGGAGUGGAUCCCAGUGAACUGGUCAACAGGUUCGUCUUCUUACUCGAUCAGUGCAGAAUUAUUUUAAAAAGUGAUUGA